AUGCUCUUGCACAAUCCAUCUGCCUUUUGGAAAUUUAUCAAAGAGUUAAAUCAAUAUACUACUAUUAAUAGUACAUUAAGAUUGGAUAAUGAGACAGCAGACUCUCCAACUUAUUCUGCCAAUCUAUUUUCUAAAUAUUUUUCAUCUGUGUUUAGCACCUUUCAGUCUUCUUUCUCAGAUUUCUCCAAAAAUAAUAACUACCCCUAUUACCUUCCUUAUAAUAAGUAUUUCACUAAUGACGAUGUCCUAACUGUCCUCUACUACUUAAAAAAUAACUUUUCUAACGUAUUUCUGGGCGGCUGCUCUUCAACUGCCGAGAUUCAAUUGUAUUUCCUUUAUUUAUGCUCUUUAGGUGCUCAGGCAUCAUCAAGAAAACUUGUUCAGUUGCACCUGUUUUAA